GGAUUUCCAAGUCCGUCGUGAAAAGGUUGCUCGUGCAUUAAUAUGGUUAAGAGAAAAUAAUCGGUAUUAUAAUAAAAUUACGAUUGAUGAAGGCGUCCUUCAGUCCUUACCUACAAAUGGUUACGUUGAUGACCAGCUUACAAAUA